AUGGUAUCCGGACCCUUGAGACAACCGCGAUACCAGCCCCUGCAUGUGUCGUCACCUUUCGGUUUCCCUCGACGAAAAGAAUUUUUCUCCUCGAACGCCUUGUUGAAGCAGAAGCAGAACCAGAACCAAAACCAAUCAGAUGAUAUAUCCACCGAGUCCGUCGCAGAGACCCUCCAGAAGCAAAGGCGAAAAGCCAGCAGAUCUCCCGCUGCCAACACCUCCUUACGUCGAGUUGCGGUCGAAGCACAAAGGUCGAAGGAUGGAAUUCUGUCAAGGAGUAUGCUAUCAGAGAAGGGGCUGGAACAAACAAAGACGGUGACUGCCUAUGCGGUGGCUGAGAAAUUCAACAUUGCCAAGGUUAAGGACAUUCUCCAAGAGAAAGGCUACGAACCAGACCCUUUCGAUACCGGACUAUAUCCGCAAGUUGUCCACAUCCAAGUUCCCCUUGACUCGAUCCGUCGAAUGAGCAAUCCCAACAUGACCGAUCUUCCCUCGAAUGAGGCCGGAGACGUCUUUGUUUUUCCUUCCGGCACUGUUGUCGCCUGGUCCCUUCCGGAGAGCUUUACUUCCUAUCUUGCUACCAAAACCUUACUUCCCGCGGCGGAGGGGCCACACAUUGAUGACAUGGAGACAGAGGACCUGGAGUUUAUCGAGGAUCCUCAGCGAGAGGUUAGCAGCAUAAAGGGGGAUACCAUCAUCCUUGGGACCAAGCCUGGACCAGAUUCCGCCGAACCUCCGCCACCACCGAAUCGACAAACCGUCCAUACGGUUUUGACCAAGAUCGCUUUCUCCUCCGGGCUGGCUCGGAGUACGAAACUUGCCGUGCUCGAGAGCCUUCUUUCCAACUAUUUCGAAUCGACACGUGACAUCCCAACGCUAUUGUCGCAAGGCUCCCGUCUGCCAUUCACUAGGGAGUUCAUUCUUCGGAAGACGGGUCAACUCCUCAGCGUCCGAGCGCAACUCAACCUCUACUCCGAAUUGACGGAUUCUCUUCCUGAUAUCUUCUGGGAUAGUCGCCACGAGCUCGGUCUCGAGGGCUACUACGAGCAGGUUGGGAGGGCCCUGGAUGUGGGGAUUCGCAUUAAAGUCUUAAACGAGAGGAUGGACUACGCGCAGGAGAUCGCUAGCGUUCUCCGGGAGCGGCUGAGUGAGAAGCACGGUCUCCGACUUGAGUGGAUCAUCAUUCUACUCAUCGCGGUAGAAGUAGGGUUUGAAGUGUUGAGAUUGUGGAAAGAACGAGAUCACGAGGGACAGACAAAGCGAUCUGAAGAAUGA